GCCAAGCGGACACGAGAAAGCCACCGCCUGCUACUAUUUUUUUUUUGCCGCUGGAUGGGCUGUACUCUGACAAGCGUGGGUCAUUGCUUUGCUCCAUAGAGAGCUCUACUGUUUUGGGACACAGCCGCAGGCUAUCACGAUAAGUCCGUCCACAGUAAACAACACCACCGCCGAGCAUAUAGACACGCGCCUGGCUUCGCGUCAAUGUACCACAAUGCGACGACAAGCAGCGCAAGACGGAGAUAGGCCUGCUAGCCGCAUUGCUACAGCGUCUAGUAGACUACGCACCAGCACUUCUACGGCCCUUCCUAGGCCCCAAUCGCGUGUCGGAUCAUUUAGAGCUACACAGCCUACGUACAAUCUAUUCACAGGCGGCGAGACUGCUUCGCAGCGACCAGCGUCGCGACAGAGCCAUGGAACCGAAUCCCCGAGACCAAGCUCGCGCGAGAGCUCCAAAGAAAACUUGGCCCCUCCCGAUGCCGAUGAAUACGAAAAAUACAGAAAAGAAAUAGAAGCGCUCAAGGCCGAGAUUGGCACGCUUCAAUAUCGCAUGCAAACGGCCGAGCAGGAGAAGGAGAUUGCCCUUUCGCAGCAGAGCAACAAGCUUGAGCAGGCCAAGAGACGAGAACAAGAGGAAUCACAACAGCGCGAACUGGCACAGGAUGCGCAGGAAAAAGUAACUGGUCAACUUGAAUCGUUACUCGCCGAAGUUGAUCAGCUGAAAGAGACUGCUGAGCAGGAAAAGAAGGCCUUGGAGCGUAAAGUUCGCGAGGCCCAAGAUGAGGCACGUUUGGUGGAGGAGCAGCUGCAGGAUCUGUCCAAUGCAAAGGACGAGGCCUCGCGGAUGAGCGACAAGAAGAUUUCAGACUUCCAAAUGCAAAUUGCUGCGCUACAAAAGAUGACACAAGAGCAUGGCCAAGAAUCACAGGAUCGCGAGCACCUGCUUCAGCAAACGCAAUCCCAGGUCGCAGAACGGGAUGACCAGAUUGCUGCACUUGAAGCUGACGUGUUGCGCUUCAAGGCACAAAGUGGCGAUGCAGAGACUAUGCAAGCCAUUAAGAAUGAACUUACUGAGCAGGUUCAACAUAUCCGUGCGCUGGAGGCGACAAACCGCGACCAGCUAUCCGAACUCAAACAUCUACGAUCAAUCAACAAGGCAACCGAAAUCGUCGAAGAGGAGAAGCGUACACUCCAGCGCCGCCUCGAAGCUGCCGAAUCCCUAGAAACCGAGCUAGCAGAGUCCAGAUUGCAGCGUCAGAGACUCGAAGACGAGCGCCGCUCAUGGUCUACCUAUCUCCAAGGGCUAUCAUCAGAUGGUGAUGCAGAGUUUGAGUCUCCCGAAGACCUUGCUCGCGCCUUUGCACAAGAGCGCCUAACCACUGCCUCCCAAUUGGACCAGAUGGGCUCACUGCGUGGCGAGAUCACCGCUCUCCAAAAUACCAUUCAGUCCAUGGAGGACGAAAAGGCACAACUGCAAGAUCAUGUCGAACAAGCCAAGAACAACGCCAGCGCCAACUCAGCCGACAAGGCCCAACAGCGACUCGACAGACAGCGACAGCUGGCGCUCAAGGAAGUCGAGUAUCUGCGCGCACAGGUCCAGGCUGCAGAGACUGAAGACCAGACCAUGCAGCCAGACCAAUUCGACGAGAACACUGCCAACAAGAGACACGAGCUUGAGGUAAUCAUUGACGAAUAUAAGACGGAGAUCCAGUCUCUACACAAGCAACUCUCCUCUGCGGAACAUCCCCUGCAAAUGCCGUCUACACCACAGCCAUUAGCUGGCAGUAAGAGAGCCCAGCCCGAUGACUACGACAGCCACGAGCAGCUUGGCCAGCUCUCACGCAAGAACCGCAAACUGCAAGAAGAGAUGGCUGCUUUGCAGACCAAGAUUGCCAUGCAAGAAAAAGAAUUGGCUGCUAGCAACGAUCAGCUCGCCAUUGCCAAGGUCAGCGGCCAAACACGCAUUCUCUCUCUCCGCUCCAAUCCCACAUCGGACCACGAAGCUAUCAAACAGUCUACUCUUGAUGCUCUCCAGAAAGAAAACAAGGAGCUUCUCGCUACUCUUCGCUCAAAACACUCCAGUCCUGCCAUCCCCGUCAUCCCAACGUCUGUCCUCAGCGCCAUGGAACGGGAGAUUGCUGCCGCCAAGGCCGAGACCGCGUCUGCACAAAAGUCUGCACGCCGCCUCAAGGAAGUCUGGGGCUCAAAGUCACAAGAGUUCAAAGAAGCCAUCUUCUCCACACUCGGAUGGACAGUCACCUUUAUCCCCAACGGCAAGAUGCGCGUUGAGAGCACUUUCUUCCCUUCACAAACGGACGAGCACGAGAACUCCAUUGUAUUCGAUGGCGAGCGCGGCACCAUGAAGGUUGGCGGUGGACCAAAGAGUGCAUUUGCCCAGCGCAUCAGCGAUCAGAUUGGCUUUUGGGUUCGCGAGAAGGGCUGCAUCCCUGGCUUCCUGGCCGCCUUGACACUAGAAUUCUACGAGGAAUACAGCAAAUCAAAGUCAUAAAUCCCAGCCAGGCGUUAAACAACGAGAGAGUUGGGAAUACCUUGCAUCAUUUUCUUUUUUUUACAAGGGGCAGAUGGGCAUAUUACGAGGGGUCUUUUGAUGUAAAUGGCGUUUUUGUUGUUAAAAAAAAGUGUAUUAUAUCUUAACGAAUAGAGUUCCCAUUGGUUCGCGGUGCACGCAACAUUGACAAAGACCAGAUGAGGCGUGAUAGUGAUCAUAUGUAAAAAAGGGGGUUGUUGAUCUAAAAUUGAACACUCGCUACCGACUAAAUUAAAGAUAAAGAAGGGUUUAAAAAAACGAACACCGACACACCCGGAAUUUGUACUUGGCAACCCCAUCUAUCUAUCUACCUUCGUAUUUGCCGCUGACAAACUUCGUCGUCAAAGUGACUGGUGUCCAGCUCUGUGAGGGAGAAUCGGCAUCCGAAAAGGGAUCGCUCUCGACCUCCUUGCCCUUGCCCUUAGCAUCGAGCCUUGACACAGAAAUGCCGCUGAGAGACGUGGUCUGCUCACCAGCCGCAGAGUACUCCCAGCGAGCCUCGAUACGGCCCGGCGUGGGUGCCGUUCCGUCGGGACCAACAAUGCGGCAGACAAUCUUCUGCACUUCACUGGUGAGUGUGAGGUCGCCUAGGCGCCAGUACACAAGGUGCUUAUCCUUGAGGUGGGUACCGCUAGGCUUGGUCUGCACGCUGCUGGCCUUGCCCUCGUAUGUGGCGAUGAUGACGACGUUGUGGAGGGAUACGGGCUCGGUAAUCUUGCAGCCAGGGUUAAGCUGGUACUGCAACAGGAGGCCGAGCUUGUCGCCCUGGGGCUUCCAGGCUGGUUUGAGGACGAGGGGCGCGUACGGGGCGAGCGAUGGCGGGUCGCUCUCUUCAGCGAAGAUGCGGUAUGAGAAUGCAGUGGCCGUCUUGUCAAUGUGAGAGAGGUCGAGAGCGAACUGGUUGUUUUGGUCUGGGGACGAGUUUUGCACAAAGAUGCGGUUAGGUCCAAUCUUCUCGAGGCGGUUGAAGUUGUUGAUCUUGAUGGUCUCGUGUGCUGAAAGGCAGGUUAGCAGUGUAUAUAUGAUGUGUAGAUAUUGCUUAUA